AUGCGCCUCUUCACCUCCAUGUUCAACAAAAAGGGCGUGUCAAGCCAGGCCGUGCGCAAGGGUCAAAAGGACUUUGAGUCGCACGGCACCCGCGCGCAGGAGGACGCCCUCGAGACGAGCAGGCAGGUCAUUGAGGAGGUGCUCUCUUACACACGCGUGCACCGCGACACCUGGAGCAAGGGGUGGUACUUCCCCGACUACUGGCCCGAGACGCUGCAGACCAUCGAGGAGGGGGACACGUCGGGGCUCGCGAAACCCGAGUACCUGCGCGAGUUCAUGGCCGAGACGGGGCCAAUCUACGCAAAGGAGCGGGUCGUGGUUGUGGAGGACCUCAAGGGGCCGCAGGCGAAGUCGAUGGGACGGGUCAUCAGAGGGCUCAAGGCGCCGAGGCCGGCGGUCGGGAAGCUGUGGCUGCUGCCCGAGGAGGCGCUGUUUCUCGUCGAGAGGGGCAGCUUGGACCUCUGGUGGCCGUUCCGCGAGCUUAGGGAUAUUCUGCCGCCGCCGGAGAGCAAGGCCGCGGAAGAGUACGUGCACGAUCCAGAGCAGGCAAAGGCGGCCCCCGAAAAGGAGGCCGGCGAGGACUCGGACGACGAGUUCGAGACCGGCGUGCCCCUGAGCUUACAGGCCGCGUACGCUCUCUUCAUCGGCAUGGACGGCGAGCGAUGGAAGAUCACACUGCCGAAAUACCAGGUCUACUCUCACCUCCGGCGGUUAGGAUACUACGUUCAGCGCGCGCCGCCGGACGCCGCCGAUCCCGCGCCCCAGCCUGAACCCGCGAGAAAGUCGUUGUGGCAGUGGCUCGUCUCCCUUCUGGAUAGGCCCGCGCCCACACCGCCGCCCUGCGGACCUCUCGUCAGGCCGGGCGUCUACCGCCAGUACAGCCUCGUCUACAAACAGCUCGAGCUGCUUACGCGGUACCAGCCCUCGCCCGUUACGCAGGAGCCUGUCGCGCCGGAGGACCCGUACAAGGUCCACUGGCACGUGUGGAAGCCCUCCAAGCACCCAAACUUGCGCGUGACAGACCUUCCGCCGCCGGACAUCCGCAUCGCGGUCGCCGACGCGCGGGACGACCCGGUGCCGUCGUUCGAGGAGGUCUCGGCCCUGCUGGACUCGACGCCAUACGACGCGCCCGACCUGAAGACGAUGGGCGGGCCGGGGCGGCUGUACCAGAGGCUCAGGCAUGGGUACCGCAACGUGCUGAUCGCGGUGGUGGACCGCGGACUGGUGAACUUUAUGCGGUUCGGACAGGCGGCGUUCGGGGAGGAGAGGCUGUAUGAGCGGUUCGAUAACCGCGGCGGGUUCCGUGGAGGCAAGAGGGGUGGAAGGGGCGGACGGGGGAGAGGAGGUGGAAGGGGGAGGGGACGUGGCCGGUGA